ACGCUUUGUGAAAGUAUUGUGGUUGUGAGACACUCUCUGUAUAUACCUUUUUUAAAUUUCUUUAUCCCUUUACAUUUAUUACUUCUGCAGUAUUUGUUUUGAAUAAUGCGAAUUGUAUUAAGCGAUCAUCUAUUCAGUGUGAUCAGCAUUGUUUAAAACACACGUAUCAGAAAAGUAAUGCAAAUAAUUUGCAAUACUAAGUUACUUUACGACGUUUGUAAAAUUAUCGGUUAACUAGCCUGUUUUGACGCUGAUUUCAACGUCGCCCGCGAUAUGCAUGCACGAGAUUGCACAUUAUUUGGUUCAGUACAAACCUCGGUUUGCGCCAAAGAUACGAUGGCUACGGAGAGGAUUGGAUUUUUAUGCCUGAUGGCAAUGGACGGCCUCAAGUAGCAGUGUUAAAGGUCCAAGACAACGAAAGGAGAGGCGUAUUAGGAGACUCAGAAAUAGCUUACAUAAUUUACACUCGAUCUAAUCCGGAAAAAGGCAUACGGCUGACUCUAAAUGACACCUCGAAUCUUGCUGGUUCCGAUUUCAAACCCUCGCGAAAAACGAAAUUCAUAACACACGGAUGGAAGUCGAGCGCCAUGAGUACCAAUCUUCUCAACAUGAAAGAAGCUUUUCUCACUCACGGCGAUUACAAUGUCAUCCUUGUGGACUGGGAACCGUUGGCUGCGAGCACAUUUUAUUUGGGACCGAUGCAUAACACCGCAAGUGUCGGGACUGAUGCCGCUAACUUCAUAGACUUCUUAGUGAGAGAGACUGGACUGAAAACGGAAGACGUUCACUUUAUCGGUCAUUCCCUUGGUGCACACGUGGCUGGGAAUGCGGGCGGUGCGACGACUUCCGGGAAAUUGAGUAGAGUAACAGGUUUGGAUCCAGCGUUGCCGGGAUUCCACAUAUUUGCCUCCGAGAAAACUCGCUUGGAUCCCACAGAUGCAGUAUUCGUCGACGUCAUACAUUCCUGCGGCGGUGUGUUAGGCUUUCUUCAACCACUUGGAAAAGCAGACUUUUAUCCAAAUGCCGGUACGGCGAUUCAGCCCGGAUGCUGCUGCGUUCCUGAGUUAAUGGGUAAAGUAUUUCCAUUGUUAGUAGAUCUUUGUAACAGAAACAUCCUAUUCUUUCCAUUUAUUUCAGAGGCUUGCAGUCAUGGGCGGUCACAUGCAUACUUUGUGGAAAGUAUAAAUUCGAAAACAGGACUACCGGCUAAGAAAUGCGACAACUGGAAUUCAUACUUAAGCGGCAAAUGUAACAAUUCGCAAGUAGUGCUCAUGGGAGAGCAUGUUGAACAUACUGCCGAGGGUCUAUAUUUUCUUAGAACAAGAUCGGAUCCGCCUUACGCGCAUGUAUCAGAAGUAACCAACAAUAAUGUGUCUAAAUGAAAAUUAUAUA